GGAACUCCGUCCUUUUUUUGGUGGAACUCCGUCCUUUUUGGUGGAACUCCCUCUUUUCCCGGGGCGCGGUGGCCCCGUAUGGCCCCAGGACAAUCCCGGGUGGUUUCUCCAUGGCUUUCGGGGACCUUCUGGAGCUCUUGGGAGGGAUGGGACGCUUCCAGGUGGCCACCAUCCUCCUCUUGGCUUUGCCCAUCUUCAUGAUGCCCAGUCACAACCUUCUCCAGAACUUCACGGCUGCCACCGCCGCCCACCGCUGCCGCUUCCUUUGGGAGGACAACGUCACCGAGGUCCACCUCCAGGAGCUCCUGAAGGUUUGGCUUCCGGACGGAGAGCGGUGUCGCCGCUUCGUGGCUCCUCAGUGGUGGCUUUUAGACCUCAACGCCUCAACGCUCAACGCCACUCCGGCCGAGACGGAGCCGUGCGGCGACGGAUGGACCUACGACCGCAGCGUCUUCACCAACACCAUCGUCACCGAGUGGGACCUGGUGUGCGGCUCGCGGGCUCUGAAGCAGUUGGCGCAGUCGCUCUACAUGAGCGGCGUCCUGGUGGGCGCCGUCGUCUUCGGAGCGCUCUCGGACAGGUUUGGGCGACGGCGGCUCCUCACGUGGUGUUACCUCCAGAUGGGCGUCAUGGGGACCUCUUCCUCCUUCGCCCCCACCUUCACCACCUACUGCCUCUUCCGGUUCCUCACCGGCGCCGCCUUCUCCGGCGUUGUCCUCAACAGCGUCUCCCUCUCUUUGGAGUGGACGCCGACGGCUCAGCGGGCGCUGGUGGGGACCCUCCUGGGCUACUGCUACACCUGCGGGCAGUUCCUCUUGGCCGGGGUGGCCUUCGCCGUUCCCGACUGGAGGAGACUGCAGCUCCUCGUGGCUCUGCCCUUCUUCGCCUUCUUCGGCUGCUCCUGGUGGCUGACGGAGUCGGCGCGGUGGCUCCUCAUGGUGGGGAGGUCCCAACAGGCCCUGCAGGAGCUCCAGAAGGUGGCCAAGAUAAACGGGAAGAGCGAAGAAGGCCGGAAGCUCGACGCGGAGGCGCUGAGGUCCCACGUGCAGGAGGAGACGGUUCCAUCCCGGAGGCGUCACAGCGUCCUCGACCUCGUCCGGACGCCCGUCCUGCGCCGCAUCUCCUGCGGCCUCUGCUUCGUCUGGUUCUCCACCAGCUUCGCUUACUACGGUUUGGCCAUGGACCUCCAACACUUUGACUUCAACCUCUACGUGAUCCAAAUGAUCUUCGGAGCGGUGGACAUUCCGGCCAAGUUGGUGUCCAUCCUCACCAUCACCUACGUGGGACGGCGUUUCACCCAAUCGCUCGCCCUCAUCUUGGCCGGGGCGGCCAUCUUGGCCAACAUCCUGGUGCCACCGGAGCUGCGGACGCUCCGGACGGCGUUGGCCGUCUUCGGCAAAGGCUGUUUGGCCGCGUCCUUCAACUGCGUUUUCCUCUACACCGGAGAGCUCUUCCCAACCGUCCUCCGACGGGGAUGGGAUUGGGCAACACCGCGGCGCGGUUGGGCAGCAUCAGCGCCCCUCUGGUCAAGAUGGUGGCAGAGGACCUCCCGGCGUUGCCGUUGGUCAUCUACGGAGCGGCGCCGGUGGCGUCGGGGCUGGUGGCCACGUGGCUUCCGGAGACGCGGGAGACGGCGCUGCCGGAGACCGUGGAGGAGGUGGAGAGAAGGGUCCACCCCCAGAAGGUCGAAGCCCAACACCUCCAGGUCCCCCUUCAUCCCAUCAACACCACGAGGUCCUCCUAAUGCCACCGCUCCGGAGGCCCCAAAGCCACCCGGACCUCCAGAGGAGCAGAAGAAGGGUUGGAGGAACCCAACGCACCCCAAGAGAAGAUCCACGGAGUCUUCUUCUCCGGGCAGGGGUGGGGGUUGGGAUGUCCUCUCCAGGGCCGCUUUUUCCCUGCUGGAAUAAAGAUGAUCCAAAGGAAGUGGG